GGAGUUUCCUGGCCUCCCGUCUCCAGUGUGACGUAGUUUUCCCUUCGCCCAAAUCUCACCGUUGCCCUGGGCAACAGUCGAGCCGUCUGGGAAGAUAAAUCUGUAAGUAGGCCCGAAAAAGGACCAAAGGUGACCAGACAUCCCAGUUUCUUCUGUAGGCUUGAGUCAAGAACUGUAAGUCAUCUUGGUAAUACUGGGUUGGAUGCCUAACGUUGCCGGGAAAAAGACCAGGAGAACUUUCAGGAAAAAACUUAGCUGUAUCCAACAAUUCAGAUAUGGCAGAAGUGAAGUCAAUGUUCCGGGAAGUUCUUCCAAAACAAGGGCAGUUGUCAGUGGAAGAUAUAACCACAAUGGUGCUGUGUAAACCCAAACUUUUGCCCUUAAAAUCUCUGACUCUGGAAAAAUUGGAGAAAAUGCAGCAAGCAGCCCAGGAUACGAUUCGCCAACAAGAAAUGGCAGAAAAGGAACAACAGCAAAUAACUCACUGAAUGGUAACUUUGCACUUCUACAGAAUACCCUGCAUUACUAUUAACAAUAGCUAGACAAUAACUUGUGUCUGUAUACUGAAGAUGGUGUGUGUUAAUAAAACUGAUAGUGCUUAUAAAAUAAAAAUACCCAAGACUAAUGAAACCUGUGAAUUUAGACACUCUGGUUUAUAUUGAACAUGAGCAAUUAAAAAAUUGAACCCAAA